AUGUCUUUGUCUCUAGAAGGGAACAGUGGAGAAGGUGAGAGCAAUGAGAAGUGGCUGCAGCAAUGUGAAGUGAGAAUGGCAGCGGUAUCUCCAAGAAUGUCUAGUCAGGUCCUGGUGCUGGAGGGCUGAGGCCAUCUCCUGGGUCGCACGGUGGCUAAGCAGGUACUGCUGAGCCAGAAAGUGGUGGUGGUGGUGCGCUGUGAGGGCAUCAACAUUUCUGGAAAUUUCUAUAGAAAAAAGUUGAAGUACCUGGCCUUCCUCUGCAAGCGGAUGAACACCAACCCAUGCCGAAGUCCCUACCACUUCCGGGCCAGAAGCCACGUCUUUUGGCAGACAGUGCGAGGAGUGCUGCCCCACAAGACCAAGCGGGGCCAGGCUGUGCUGGACCGCCUCAAGGUGUUUGAUGGGAUCCCGCCCCAUUAUGUCAAGAAAAAGCAUAUGGUGGUUCCUGCUGCCCUCAAGGUUGAGUGCCAGAAGCCUUCAUUGAAGUUUGCCUGUUCGGGCGCCUGGAAGAAGGCCAAGAUCCAUUACCGCAAGAGAAAGCAGCUCAUGAGGCUACAGAAACAGGCUGAAAAGAAUGUGGAGAAGAAAAUUGACAGGUACACAGAGGUCCUCAAGACCCAUGGACUCCUGGUCUGA